AUGCAUCGGAAUCUGUACUCGCGUUCAGUGGCCCCUGAGCGCAGGGGAGUGGUGAGUCCUGGUUUACUUUUCCAGAACGCCUUCCGUGCCUCGUGGGGGAGUGGGGUGGAGGUGGCACGUGCAGCAGCUCCUGUGGGACUCGGGCUGCGGCAGCGGUGCCAGGCAGCUGCCAUCCACAGCCAGGAGGAGCAGCGCGGUGGCCGUGGCACCCGAGGACAGCGCAGCACACUGCGCUAUAGUGCCCGGGCGGCCGCCGCUUCCGUUGGGCGCUGGCGGGGUCGGGGCAUCGCGGGCAUAAUCCCUCGCUCACGUUUUCAGUUCUUUAGGAAUAACUCAAAACAGAGGUGCUGGGCACGGUGUGCUCCAGAGGUGGCAGAGAGGGCAGGAAGUGAGUCAGCGGGCGAGGAGCGGGAAACGAGGGAGGGGCCGGCCGCACACCGCACCGCUGCCCGGCCCCAUUCACAGGCCGGGGAGGACCAGGACGUCCGGAGGAGCCCUGCGGGGACACUAGGCACGCCUCGCGGCAGCCCUGCCACGGGCUUCGUCCCGCCCAGUUCGGAGGUGGGGCCGCCCCGGGCGAGGUGUGGGCGGGCCCUGGGGGCGCAGAGCCGGGCGCGAGGGGCCUGCCCGGGGCGGCAGAGACGGCCGCAGAGGCGCGCAGAGCCGGGGCAGGGGACGGCCGAGGCCAGUCUGAUCGAUGACUACAAAAACCUUCACAGCAGUGCCCCUGCCCCAGGCGCCUCAGCUGCUUCCCGGUGGCAGCCGUCUACUUACCACAACGGCAGGGCCUUUAGUGCUCGCUACCCUCGUCCGAGCCGGAGGGGCUUUUCUUCACACCGUGGGCCUGCGUGGCGCAAGAAAUACUCCCUGGUGAAUCGACCCCCAGGAUCCUCAGACCCACCUGGCGACCAUGCUGUACAGCCACCCCUUGGGGCCAGGGGCAGCCAGAGUCCUGACUCCCAGCAGUUUGUCCUUGAGAGACAGGUCCAGCUCAAUCCAGAUCAGAACAUGGUCAUCAAAAUUAAACCGCCAUCAAAGUCUGGCUCCAUUAGCACUUCAGGGGCCCAGCGGUGCUCUUUGCAAGAAUAUGAAGACACCCCCUGGAAUGACCAAAGACCCCAAGAAGGCGAGGGUGAGCCCCCUGGUGGGCAGCUGCAGCCCUUGAGGACAGGAAGAACCAGGGGGAGCUGCAGUGCAGAGGACUCCCUUUUGGUCUGCCAGAAGGAGGCUGGCAAGCCCCGGGUGGUGAAGUCUGUGGGCAGUGUGGGCAGCAGCCCCCUGGAGCCCCGGCGGACGGUCAGUGAGAGUGCAGUUGCCGCCAAGGCACACUUCCCGUCCUCCACCCUAUCCCCGCUCACUGUCGUGGCUGUGGGCCAGAAGGUGGGCUCUCAUUCUGUGGCCAGCUGUGCUGCACGGCUCCUUGAGGAUGGGAGAGUGAAUGCCACUCAUCCAGAUCAGCCAGGUACCUCUAGCUCAGCAGUGGGCCCGGCCAGACCAGCCUCAGGACCCAGGCAGGCCCAGGAGACCUCGAUGCUUGUGUCCUGUCAAACCAACAGGUUCCAGAAAAACAACUACAAAUGGGUAGCCACCUCAGCAAAGAGCCCCCGGGCCGCUCGGCGGUCCCUCAAUCCCAGAGCGGCUACAGAGAAUGUGUGCAAGGCCCUCUUCGAUGCCACAGGAAAGAUGGAGAGGCCACAGCUCAGAGCUGAUCCGGAGGCCAAGCCCAGGAAGCAGGCCCCAUCCUCCAAACCUGGGCCCUCACCCAGCAAGUACAAGUGGAAGGCCUCCAGCCCCUCUGCCUCCUCCUCUUCCUCCUUCCGUUGGCAGUCAGAGGCUGGCAGCAAGGACCAUGCCUCCCAGCUCUCCCCAGUCCCAUCUAGGUCACCCCCAGGGGACACACCAGCAGUGGGACCCAGUGGCUUGAAGCCUCUCUUUGGUGAGACUCCGCUCUCAGCUUACAAAGUGAAGAGCCGCACCAAGAUCGUGCGGAGGCGGGGGAGUACCAGCCUUCCUGGGGACAAGAAGAGCAGCCCCUCACCUGUCACCACUGCCAAGAGCCACCUCAGCCUCCGGCGCAGACAAGCCAUCCGGGGGAAGAGCAGCCCUGUUCUGAAGAAGACUCCCAACAAGGGCCUGAUGCAGGUGACCAGGCACCGGCUGUGCCGCCUGCCACCAAGCCGGGUUCACCUCCCUACCAAGGAAGGCCUAGAGCAGAGUGGAGUGCAGGCUGCGACAGCAGGGGUUGUGCCCCCCCAAGCCCACAGUGAGGAGACAGGCAGUGAGGAGUGUGGGAUUUGGAGGUCAGGGCCUUGGGCCAGGCACCGUGGGGAGCUGAGGGGCUGCCACAGGCCCUGGGAGAGGCCUCUGGGCAGCCAUGCUGGUCAGGAUGUGGAGCCUGCCAUGGUCGAGCUGGGCAAGCCUGAGGUGGGAAGGCAGGCACCCUCGCCAGCUCGUGGAGGAGCCAUGGGCCAUUCAGAGCUCCACCAGGACGGGCUGCUGGGGCCAGGAGGGGCUGAGAAGCAUCGGGGCAAGGUGGCCGGCUCUGGAGACUGGCAGGUCACCCUGCAUGAGGGUCUUGUGGGUGGAAGCAAGCUGCUGCCCUCCCCUCUCCCUUCUGUCCCCACUCAAGAGGCUGAACCCCAGGACCACACAACCACCGCUAUGAGGAGCACGGCUCACCCCUUUGCCCUGAAGCCCAUCCCAGGCUGCAGCCCUGCUCUGCUGCUGGUGUGA